AUGACUUUAACUUCAAAUGUGGAAGUUGAAGUUUAUAUGGAGGAUUUGAAUGUAACAGAUGAUGAGUCUGAUGGAGAAGAAUAUGUUGCUUCUACGAUGGACAAGACAAUAUGGGAUCCUUUUUUGAAUGAUUUGGUACAGGGAGAAGUGGAAUGGCCUGACAUAUCAUCUGAUGAUGCUGAAUGGACCUUUUCAAAUGAAGAAACUGACAAAGGAGAUAACAUAGGUAAGAUAUUUGGGGACCAAUAUCUUGUACACAACCCUAGGAUACCUUGGAAUAAAAUGGAACCACACUUGGGGGAAAAAUACGAAAGCCCAGAACAGUUCAAGCUUUGUCUAACAAAUUAUGCGGUGGCUAAUGGAUACCAAUUGAGGUUGGCCAAGUGUGAUCGUUCUAGGAUAUUAGUACGAUGCGGUAAAAAAAGUGACGAGAAUAAGUGUCCAUUUAGAUGUUGGGCAUCUUGGAUGGGGAAUGAACUAACUUGGCAAGUGAAAUCUUUGGAAAAGAAACAUGUUUGUGCACGAAAAUACAGCCUCGGUUCAUUGAUAACUCCGGGUUGGAUUGCUAACCAUUAUCUUAAUGACCUAAUUCGCAACCCCAAAACGAAAGUCAAAGAAAUGAAAGCUGACUUUUUACAGAAUUAUUCUUUAAAGCUUAGCAGAGGUCAGUGUGAAAGGGCAAGGGCAUUAGCAUUUACACUAAUUGAUGGCAAGUUGAUUGAUCACUAUGCUAGGAUAUGGGAUUAUGGUAAUGAAGUUUUGAGAUCAAACCCAGGAAGCACUGUUGAAAUUGGAGUCGAUGUCAAUCCGGAUGCAAAAUAUUUCAAAAGAAUCUACAUUUGUUUGAAGGCUUUAAAAGAAGGAUGGUUGAAAGGUUGUCGUAAGGUGAUUGAUUUAGAUGGAUGUUUCUUGAAAGGGAAAGUUAAAGGGGAGUUGAUAGCUGCCAUUGGUCGAGACGGAAACAACCAAAUUUACCCCAUUGCAUGGGCGGUUGUGAAUGUGGAAAAUAAAGAUAAUUGGAAGUGGUUCAUUGAGUUACUACAAUCGGAUAUUGAAACAGUUGAAGGAAAUGGGGUUACUUUAAUAUCAGAUCAACAUAAGGGUCUUCUUGAAGCCGUGAAGGAGGUGAUGCCACAUGCUGAGCACCGACAAUGUGCCCGUCAUAUUUGUGCCAAUUUCUACAAACGUUUCAGUGGAGAGAUUUAUAAAACCUUGUUUUGGGAAGCUGCAAUGUCCACAAUAGAUCAACAGUUCAAAAACAACAUGGAAAAGAUGAAAGAGUUGAACAAUGAUGCAUAUGAUGAUCUCAUGAAAAGAAAUCCUAAAACAUGGGGGAAACCGUUGUUAACCAUGUUAGAAGAGAUUAGACUUCAUGUGAUGGAGAGGUUUGAUGCAAUGAAAAGGAGUACAAAUUCAUGGAAAACUGUUGUUGCUCCAAAGAUACUUAUAAAGAUGAAAAAAUGGCACAAAAACAUGAGGAAUUGGAUGGUUAUCCCAAGUGGGCCUCUAUUGGAGGUUAGAAAUGAUUAUGAAGGAUAUAUGGUAGACUUGGCAAGUUGGACAUGCACAUGCAGACUAUGGGUUUUGUCUGGACUUCCAUGUGUACAUGCAUGCGCGGCUAUAAACCAUACCCACCAAAAUCUCCUUGACUAUGUAAGUGAUUGGUUCAAGAAGGAAAAGUAUCACUUGGCUUAUAGAACUUCCAUUAUUCCUUUAAAUGGAAGAAAAAUAAAGAAGUGUCACAACUGUUUACAAGAAGGGCACAACGCUAGGACAUGCAAGAAUGAAAAAGUUGUGCCCCCUCCUAAGGAAAAGAAACUUCCUGGUAGGCCUAAAAAACCACAUUCUGAUGAAACACCUUCAAAACGACCAACUACAAGUGGUGGGAGAGGAGGAAGAGGACCAACUAGGGAAAGAGGUGGAAGAGGAUCAUCUGUAGGUACAAGUGGUGGUAGAGGAGGAAGGUCACUUAUAGAUGAAAUCUUUGAUUCACCAACAGAAAAUGAAGUUAUAAACAUGUUUGAUAAUUUUGAGGAAGAAGUAUUUAGGGCUGAAAUGGAAAGUGGAGAAAGUUCACAUAUGAUGCAAUUCCCUGAAUCACAAUUUGAUGAAGGAGUUCCUAUAACUCAAGAUGAUGGAGUAACUGGAACUCAAUUUGAUGUUGAAAAUGCUAAUUGGGAAGAUCAAUCUCAUGUGGUUGGCGGGAUAGCAAUUAAUGUACCUAUUAUCCGUGAAAAGCUCAAUCCAAGAAAGCCAUCUGGAUGA